ACCUCUCCGGUAUCUUGGAUUUUGUUUCUCCUUGAUAAUAUAUUUCUCUCUGAUAGUAUAAUAAAGGCAACUUCAGGCAGUUUGCUCGUCCAGCAAUCACAAAGUAGAUCUGCCAUCCCAUCCGCAUGGCCUCACAACAACAUUAGUAUCCGUGCUCUUUCCUUGGGCAGUUUCCCUCUAUAGUAGCCAUAUAUGAGCUGCUUACAUACAGUAUAAAAUCACAGGCCGGUCUGGAAUCGGUAAAACUAUAUGAUACCCUCAAGAAUAAUGGGGCGGUCAUGGAAAGACCAAUUUCUACCUCCUAAGCUUAUCCACGAGUGGGUAUCGGUAUUUUCUAGGCGCCUCGACUCAUCAGACUUACCUGGGGCUCACGAAGUUCUUAUGUUUCUCAACAUAAUCAGGGACAUCUUCGACGUUGGGGAAACUGGUACUGAUCCUAGGACAAGGGACCGACCACGUUUCUCCGAGAUCCACCUUGAGCCAAAACCAAUACCCAGCAGCUUGAUCAAGACCGGUUCUCUUGUUUCCCCGAGCGAGGCCGCGAACAUGGAGCUUGUAAGAUCUUUGCAAACCAACAUUGCCGUACCCAAGGUUUUGGGUGUAUGGCAGGCCCAUGAAACCGGUUGGUGGUGUAUCAAGAUGUCAUAUAUCGAAGGCGUAUCCUUGGAAAAGGUAUAUGACACCCUCGACGAUGAAGAAAAGGAAUGUAUAGCCAAGCAGCUGAAGCAAUUCUUGAAACGGAUACGAACAAGGACAUCAAAAGUGGCGAUAGCGGCCGCCGACACAAUGCCGAGCCAUGAUCAGAUGCUGCAAAACUACCAGACAGUGUAUCGGAACGAGGAGGAAUUCAGGAGCCAUAUCGUUGAUGGAUUCUUGGAUCGUGUCGGUGAGGACAGUAUUUUCGGGAACGUUGACACCGAGGUGGAGAAAAUUGCGGAGGAGCUUCGGUGCCUUAAUGUGGAAGAUACUUACAAUUUUGUGUUCACACAUGGAAACUUUACGCCUCGGAACGUGUUGAUUAUGCCAAGGCCAAUGGACCAUGGAGGACCCAAAGUUGUUGGGAUAUUGGACUGGAGCCAGGCUGGCUAUUACCCCGUAUAUUGGGAAUACGUCAAAGCACAUUGCUGUGAGCAAGUCGAGGUGCUAGAGAAAGGUGGGUGGAGAGUAAUGGAACCGAGCUUCCUGGAAGACCAGAUGCCUGAUCGACUACUUGAAGAGCGGUAUAAUGUAGUAGCGUUGUGUUUCAAAAAAGCGUAUCGGAAAGUUUGGGGUUAUGGUGGAGAUAACUGAUAUGCGCUUUCUGUUCUCAGGUGGUUAGAGUCAAUCGACCAACUGACCAGCUUUUUACCCUGUUUGCCUAUUCUCAGUGAAGGCGCGCUCGCAGCCAUUAUUUCUCCCUC